CUUGCCUCCACCGGGCGCUUUCUUCGGAAUCCUGACGGCGCCGGGUCUGCCGUUCAACUGGUUCAAGACUCAACAAAGCCUGCGAACCGCUAGGUCUUGGUUCUGGUCUUAGGAACUUGGUCUUGUCUUGUCUUGUCUGAUUUGGUCUGGUCUGGUCUGGUGCAAAAAAACAAAAUGCUGGUCCUGGACCGAGCGAGCCAUGGCCCAUCUGGCCCGGCGCCGUCAACGAACAAGGGUAGCAGGGAUCAUUCGUCUCUUGUCAUCCUCGUCGCCCACGUCACCUGCGCGCAACCACUUUCAGACCUUUCCUUUUCCCCUCUCACCAUUCUCUCUCCCAAGUCCCAACUUCCCAAGGCCUCUCCCGUCCCCUCCCUUGUCGGCAAACCACGCCCCUCUCUCAAGGACCCAAGCAGCAAAAUUCCGCCCACCCCGUCUGCAACCACACACACCCACUUGCUCCCCGCUUGGCCCGUAACCUACACACUGUUCCCACACACCCACGAGUCCACGACACCCCCUCCCCUUCCCAUCUCAAGUUCCCGCUGCAUUUUGGGUGGUGAACCGUGAGCCUGCCGCUGCUACAAACUGUAUGCCAUCCGCUGUCGCUCCUGCGCUGCACCUUGCAAAAAUCGCUGCUUCGCCCGGCCUUUCGCAAAGUGGAGGAGGCUGAGUUGACCCCAGUGGACCUGGACUGAUCCUGUCUAACAAAGCCCAAUUCGUCCCCCAAUCUCUCGUCUGUCUUUUAUUUCCUGCUUCUU